GGCGGCGGGGAGCAGCGCCGCCAUGGCCGCCGCGCUCGCCGACAUGGCCGACCUGGAGGAACUCUCCCGCCUCAGCCCGCUGCCCCCCGGCAGCCCGGGGCCGGCGGCGCGGGGUCGGGCCGCGCCCCCCGACGACGACGACGACGACGAGGACGCGGACGCGGCGGCGGCGGCCCGGGCGGCGGCGGCGGCGUUGCUGCGGCCCGGUGGCGGCGGCGGCGGCGGCGGUAGCGGCGGCGGCGGCGGCGCGGCGGGGACCAUGUCGGAGCCGAGCCCGGGGAGCGGCAGCCGCGUCGGGGAGGACGAGGAGGAGGACGAGGACGAGGAGGACGACGAGGAGGACGAGGAGGAGGAGGAGGAGGACGCGAGCAGCAGCAGCAGCGGCGGCGGCGGCGAGGAGAGCAGCGCCGAGAGCCUGGAGGGCAGCGGCGGCGGCGACGAGACGCGCUCGCUCAGCCCGGGCGCCGCCAGCAGCAGCGGCGACGGCGGCCGCGAGCUCGGCCCGGGCGCGGCGCAGGGCCCGGGCGGCGGCGGCGGGGGAGGCGGCGGCGGCAGCAGCAGCAGCAGCGUCGUCUCGAGCGGCGGCGACGACGGCUACGGCACCGGGGGCGGCGGCAGCAGCGCGACCUCCGGGGGCCGCCGGGGCAGCCUGGAGAUGUCGUCGGACGGGGAGCCGCUGAGCCGCAUGGACUCGGAGGACAGCAUUAGCAGUACCAUCAUGGACGUGGACAGCACCAUCUCCAGUGGGCGCUCCACGCCGGCCAUGAUGAACGGGCAGGGCAGCGCCACCUCGUCAAGCAAGAGCAUCGCCUACAACUGCUGCUGGGACCAGUGCCAGGCCUGCUUCACCUCCAGCCCGGACCUGGCCGAGCACAUCCGCACCAUCCACGUGGACGGCCAGCGCGGAGGGGUGUUCGUGUGCUUGUGGAAGGGCUGCAAAGUGUACAACACGCCUUCCACCAGCCAGAGCUGGUUGCAGAGACACGUGCUCACACACAGCGGGGAUCGGCCCUUCAAGUGUGUGGUUGGCGGCUGCAGCGCCAGCUUCGCGUCUCAGGGAGGGCUCGCGCGCCACGUGCCCACGCACUUCAGCCAGCAGAACUCGUCCAAGGUGUCCAGCCAGCCAAAGGCCAAAGAAGAAUCUCCGUCGAAAGCUGGCAUGAACAAGAGGCGGAAGCUGAAGAACAAGCGGCGGCGCUCCUUGCCCCGACCGCAUGACUUCUUCGACGCCCAAACACUGGACGCCAUCCGACAUCGAGCCAUCUGCUUUAACCUCUCCGCUCACAUAGAGAGCUUAGGGAAGGGCCACAGCGUCGUUUUUCAUAGUACUGUAAUAGCUAAGAGAAAAGAAGAUUCUGGAAAGAUAAAGCUUCUGCUUCACUGGAUGCCUGAAGACAUUCUGCCAGACGUAUGGGUGAAUGAAAGUGAGCGACAUCAAUUAAAAACGAAAGUAGUUCAUUUAUCAAAGCUACCCAAAGACACGGCCUUGCUUCUGGACCCAAACAUAUACAGAACAAUGCCGCAGAAGAGGUUGAAGAGAGCUCUGAUCAGAAAAGUGUUCAAUUUGUAUGUAAGCAAGCCGUGAGCGGCAUUUGCAAUCAACU